AUGAGCCAAAAUAAGGACACAUCUCUCUCAUCACAGAUCGCUGCUUUGACCGAUAGCGUGCAGACCCAAGGCCUCGAUGAGCAAGCACGUUUAGAAGCACUCAAUGCUGCUCGGGGGUUAUUGGCUGCCCUAGAGUCCCCUGUUGAGAGAGUUAUUCAGGAUGUAGUAAUGCACUCCCCAGCUUUGAUGGCUCUUCGUAUGGGUGUUCAACUGGGUAUUUUUACUCUGAUCAGCCAAAAUCCAGAAUGUGGCGCUUCCUCUCCAGAGAUUGCAGAGAAAUCUGGUGCAAGCUUAGCCCUUGUUGACCAGAUUACUCGCCUUCUCGCCGCGACAGGAUAUAUCAAGCAGGAUGGAGUACAACACUUCAAGCCCUCACCUCUUACCAUGGUGAUGGCAGACCCAAUCAUGGAAGCAACCACUCGAGCCUGCUUUGAGAUCGGUAACCUUUGCACCUCCAAAGCACCGGAAUUCUUCCGCAAAAAUAACAAUCAAUUCCCUACCUCUGCCAAAGAGACACCUUUUCAACUAGCAUUCAACACCGAUAUGAACUAUUUCGAGUGGUUGGGCCACAAUCCAGACCUAGCCAGGGAUUUCCAACAAUGGAUGGCACUUAAGCAGAAAACCACCGUCAAUUGGGUUGACUGGUUCGACAUCCAGCAACUAAUCAUUGAUGGCUAUAACGCUAAGCCCGAAGAAGUUCUCCUCGUUGAUGUUGGAGGUGGCGAAGGGAAUUAUUUGCGCCAAUUCCGGGAGAAAUUCCCCGAGGCACCUGGGCGUUUGAUCCUACAAGAUCUGCCACAGGUUAUUUCGACCAUCGAAAAUCUCCCAGAGGGCACAGAGCUAGCGCCACACGACUUUUUCACGCCUCAACCAGUCAAGGGCGCGCGAACAUACUUCAUGCAUUGGAUUCUUCAUGACUGGUCAGACGAGCACUGUCGAUCUAUUCUGGCCAAUAUUGUCGAUGCAAUGGAGCCCGGUUACUCUCGUCUGGUUAUCCACGAGUCCAUUCUCCCGGAUCUUCACUGUGGUCUGCCGUCUGCUUGCCUGAGCAUUAUGAUGAUGGUCCAGGUUGCUGCGUUUGAACGGUCUGAGAAGCAGUGGCGGGAUCUUCUUGCGUCUGUGGGACUGACGAAUGUCAAAAUUUAUCAGCCUCCUGGAAGCGGAGAGGGUAUUGUUGAGGCUAUCAAAUGA